GAUUUUUAUGUAUUGUGGAUGAAUGGAAAAAGAGAAAAUGUCAACUGGAUCCAAAGUUUCUGUUGCUGCAUCUGUUGUGAUUGCAGCUGGGAUCAUUGCAGGUGUUCAUUAUAAGAAGAAAUCCGACCAAGCUAGGCUGCGUCAAGGUGUUCAGAGGGACUUAGAGAGGCAACGGAGGAAACAACAAAACCGAAGGGACCUGGAGGAACAGAUUGCCUUGACAAAACAGCUGGAGGAAGCAAGAGACCGCCGAGAACAGAACUUGACCUCGUGAUGUGCUCAAGUGUAACUUCAUGUACGGUGAAUAGGACGCAGAUUGGCAUGACUUGUGCAGAAACUCAGAAGAACUCCACCAAGUUGUCAUGAAUGAUGAAUGAAUGUGACGGUCUGAGAAAGGAAGUGUAGAACUUCUAGGAGCUUCCUGUUACCACCUGACUGCCACUCAUGAGCACCUCAGAUUGUCGUGAGACAUGUGUUUGCAUCUUGACUUUCGAUAACGCACAUUGUAACCUCUUUAAAUAAUCCUGUAUCAUUCACUAUUUUAGGGUGAGCAAAAAAAAAUCAUACCUUGGCACAUAUCAGGAUAACGUUCCAACUUCGAAUUACCAGUAUAGUACAUCAGAAACAAUGUAAAGGUAAUGAUGUUAUGUAAUAGUAACUCUAAGGGCUGAACUUGAAUGCGUAAUGAAAAAAUGUUAUUUAUAGAGUGCAAGGUGCCUAGGUGUGCCUUAUCUUUUUUAAGAGUCAAACACCCUGGUUCUUGGUGUAAUGAUAAAUAGGUUCCAAGCCCAGUUCACACAGAACUUGUUCAGCUGGCAUUAUGGCAAAUAUUAUUUAUUAUUAUGCUUGUUGAAUUUUCUGUGGCCCGCGGAUUUCAGGAUUUUUUGGGUCAAACCCCCUUCACUGAAAGUUUCUUGCUACCCACUCACUUAAACAUCCAUCAUCUUAAUUCUAUUUCAGUCAAGUAUCUUUGAUCAUUCUUACUCCAUUAAUGAAAACUCAAGUAAGAUUUGAUGUAUUUAUUUGUUCUUUAAAAUUAAAGUUUGCAGAUGUCAAGGCAGUGCAUUUAAAAUGUAAGACAUCUUAAGGUGGAGAGGUUAGAAGUAAAUUUCAAGCCCGUUGAAACACUUUCCUUUAAUACAUUCGAAUUCAAAAUAUAUAUGUACAUUAAUUUCACUGGAGCUUUUGUCAAGAUAUCAACACAAAUGUAUGUUACAGAGCUCUGAAAAGUUUAGCAAUUUGUAAAGAUCAAUCAGUUGCAUCUGUGGUAACUAAAAGUGUUAGUACAUAUCAACAAAGCUUGAAUUCAAUCAUAAUUGUUUACUGGACGGUUUGCUCCUUACAAGCGCUGCUUGUCUGCCACACAGUGGUGUUCAACUGACUACAUCUUUUGAAAGUUGCAGGUCAGUGUUGCCUGUGUGGGCAAAUUAUUGAUUUGCCUGACUUCAAAUUCUCUAUUUGAGUAUUUUGUGGUACAUACAUGGACUGGAUAGUUUGUAUAAAAAGCAGCAUGGAGGCUACCAGCAGGACUGACAUGAUGUGUUUCAGAAAAUAUUGGACAAAACAGGGCUCUCUAAAUCGAUCUGCUUUGCAAUGGAGCGUAGACAUUGAUUUUCAAGAUGUUGAUGGGCUUCACUACUGUUUUUAAGGGUGAUUAUCUCAGGAUAGAAUUGAAAGUAAAAUUAAAGAUUGCGAAAGGAGCUUUAAUUUGAUAUGUGUCUUGAA